AUGGACCUAUAUUUAGCUAGCAAGAUUAAGUUGCAGAGGCCUCAGGCAGGGCAAAGCACAUUGGUCUGCCUUUUUUACAGACAGACCUUUGAGCAGAGAACAACUAAAGCUUUCUGCUCCCUCCCCUUUCCCAAGUGUUUGCGAAAUGGAUUCCCAAAGGGAACUCACUGAAGAGCUCAGACUUUACCAAUCCACUCUUCUUCAGGAUGGCCUCAAGGAACUCCUCGAAGAGAAAAAGUUUAUAGAUUGCUCUCUAAAAGCUGGUGACAGAAGCCUGCCUUGCCACAGACUGAUUCUGUCGGCAUGUAGCCCUUAUUUUCGUGAGUAUUUCUUGUCUGAGCAAAAUGAAGAGAAAAAGAAGGAGGUAGUUCUAGAUAACGUUGACCCCAACAUCCUGGAUAUGAUUGUCAAAUACCUUUAUUCAGCAAGUAUUGAUCUUAAUGAUUCUAACGUGCAAGAUAUCUUUGCUUUGGCCAGUCGCUUUCAGAUCCCUUCUGUGUUCACUGUGUGUGUCUCCUAUCUUCAGAAGAGGCUUGCUGUUGGUAACUGCCUGGCCAUCCUUCGGUUAGGUGUUCUGCUUGAUUGCCCAAGACUUGCAUUUUCUGCUCGUGAUUUUGUCUCAGACCAUUUUGUGCAGAUCUGCAAAGAAGAGGACUUCAUGCAGCUUGCCCCACAUGAACUUAUUUCAGUUAUUUCACCUGACAGCUUAAACGUAGAGAAGGAAGAACUGGUAUUUGAAGCAGUAAUGAGAUGGGUCCAAACAGACAAGGAGAACAGAGUAAAGAGCCUGGGGGAAAUUUUUGACUGCAUACGUUUUCGUCUUAUGCCAGAAAAAUAUUUCAAAGAACAUGUUGAGAAGGAUGAUAUAAUUAAAAGCAACUCAGACCUUCAGAAAAAAGUAAAGAUUAUUAAGGAUGCUUUUGCUGGAAAACUGCCUGACACUAGCAAAAGUACAGAAAAGUCAACCAAAGGGGAGGUGAAUGGCGAUGUAGGAGAUGAAGAUUUGCUGCCUGGCUACCUAAAUGACCUUCCCAGGCAUGGCAUGUUUGUCAAAGACUUAAUUCUUCUGGUUAAUGACACUGCUGCAGUAGCUUAUGAUCCUCUAGAAAACGAAUGCUAUCUAGCAGCACUGGCAGAACAGAUUCCCAGAAAUCAUUCCAGUAUAGUCACCACGCAAAAUCAGGUCUACAUUGUUGGAGGACUCUAUGUAGAAGAGGAGAACAAGGAUCAGCCUUUCCAGUCAUACUUCUUCCAGCUGGAUAGCAUCGCUGGUGAAUGGGUUGCCCUUCCCCCACUGCCGUCAGCCAGGUGUCUCUUUGGGCUGGGAGAGUCGGACAACAAGAUCUAUGUAAUUGCAGGCAAGGACCUUCGCACUGAGGAGUCUCUAGAUUCAGUAUUGUGCUAUGAUCCUGUAGCAAUGAAAUGGGGUGAGAUCAAAAAACUACCCAUCAAAGUAUAUGGCCAUGCUACUGUCUCAAACAAUGGAUUGAUAUAUUGCCUUGGUGGAAAAACUGAUGAUAAGAAAUGCACUAAUAGAUUAUUUGUAUACAAUCCCAAGAAGGGAGACUGGAGAGACUUGGCUCCAAUGAAAGUGGCUCGCUCGAUGUUUGGAACAGCUGUCCAUAAGGGCAAGAUUUUCAUUGCAGGUGGAGUCACUGAAGAAGGCCUUACUGCAUCUGUUGAAGCUUUUGAUCUGACCACCAAUAAGUGGGAGGUUAUGCCUGAAUUUCCUCAAGAGAGAAGUUCCAUCAGUUUAGUCACCUUAAGUGGAGCUUUGUAUGCUAUUGGAGGCUUUGCAAUGAUUCAGCUUGAGUCUAAAGAGUUUGCACCCAGUGAAGUCACUGACAUAUGGAAGUAUGAUGAUGAAAAGAAAGAAUGGAUUGGCAUACUGAAAGAGAUCCGAUACGCUGCUGGAGCCUCCUGCCUGGCUACACGCUUAAACCUCUUCAAGUUAUCAAAACUGUAAACAAAAUGCUGGAAAAUGUGGUAUGGUGAGGGAGGUUAAACAGGCUCUUCUCUUUUUGUUGCAUGAAAACGUCCCCAAAUUGUACAGAAGUUUUGUAGCAGCAUACUAGUUCUUCUGUUAACUGUUCAACAGUUCAUAGGUCUGUCCAAGUCUUAAGAUAUUUACUUGUUAAUCAACAAUAACUGAAUUUCUGCCAACAUUUAAAAUCCUGAAGAAUUCUAAUUAAUGUGGAUUAGAAUAAAUUAAGAGAACUCCAUUUUUCCCUCUGUAAAAUUGCUAAGAAAACUAGGUAAGACUUCCUUACACUCAGACAAUCCAAUAUAUUGGUGUUUUAUUCUCAAAACAAUGCCCAUUAAUUAAUUGUCAAGUUAAAUACCACUAGUAGGUAGCUAAUUUUAUUCUAACUGGCUGUUUGUGCAGCCGGAUUGCCCUCUUCAGCAAUGUAUGUAAAUCCUGCAUUCUUCAACCAUCUCUUGAAAAUGUUUUCAUAGAGCCUUCCAAAAGUAAUUUAGCCUGAAAUUGAAGUUCAUAUCAAAACAAAAGUGGCCUAAGAAAUGCCAACCUCAGCCAAAGCUGUACUAGUAGCCAGACAGGAGGAAAGAGAGAGAAGUUCACAAAGUUAACAGCUCUACUGUUUCACCUACUAUGUUUAGGCUUCUGGUAACAAUGAUUCUCCAUUUUUUUAUGCUUUUAUAUUUAUUUCCAAAGCAAGUAUUUUAUGGAAGUUUUUCUCAGAUCUAAGGCCAUUAACAAGCAUCAAGCAUUCAUGGAAAAGUCCUAGAAGAACUGAUCAUCAGCAAGUACCUAUGGCAGAGUGGACAUUUCCAUCUAAUAAAGAGCUGAUGCAUUUUGAUGUUGGAAGUUUUAACAAUUAAACUUUGUUUUAAAAACUGUGGAA